AUGGUCAAGAUCAAUGAAUUCGCUGUGGAGCGGUGGAUGGACAACCACGAAACCAGCGCAAAGCACAACCUCGCUGAAACAUGCUGCGCGUCCAUCUCUCUCAACGACCUUCUCUCCUUCUCCGACAACCCCAACUCCACUAUCUUCGAUUUCGCCAAGAAGCAAACCUACGGCUCGAUUCGCGGAACUUCCGACCUGCGAUCCAACAUCGCCAAGCGUUAUGAUUCUGGAACUGACCAAUCCAUCUCAGCCGACCAGGUCCUCGUGACGAACGGGGCGAUUCAGGCGAACUUCUUAGCCUUGUAUACAAAUGUUGGACCGGGAGACCAUGUGAUCUGUCAGUACCCGACGUACCAGCAGCUGUAUUCCGUGCCCGAGUCGUUUGGCGCAGAAGUGAGUCUGUGGAAGGCGCGUGAGGAGCGGGCCUGGGACGUAGAUGUGGACGAGCUGAGGGGGUUGAUCAAGGAAAACACAAAGGUCAUUAUCAUCAACAACCCGCAAAACCCAACCGGGGCAGUCCUCAAACGCGAGAAGCUGCAGCAGAUCGUCAACCUCGCUCGAGAGCAUGAUGUCAUCAUCCACAGUGACGAGGUCUACCGACCUCUUUUCCACGGAAUUCAUCCAGACAGCCCGGAGUACCCUCCGUCCAUCCUGUCAUUUGGCUAUGAGAAGACCAUUUCCACGGGGUCAAUGUCCAAGGCGUUCAGUCUGGCAGGGAUCCGAUUAGGCUGGAUUGCGUCUUGCAGCCAGGACAUCAUCGAACGGUGCGCAUCGACUCGCCACUAUACCACAAUUUCGGUCAGCCAACUUGACGACGCUGUAGCAUGCUACGCUUUGUCGGCACCGGUCGUGGACCGGUUACUCCAGCGGAACCUCUCCCUGGCCCGGACGAAUGCUGAUAUUCUGGAGGCCUUUAUCAAGGAAUAUGAAGGCAUGAUUGAGUGGGUGCGGCCACAGGCCGGAACCACUGGCUUUCUGAAGAUCACGGACAAACAAGGACGUCCUAUUGAUGACGUGGCGUUCUGUGAGCAACUCCAGGAUAAGACCGGAGCUAUGUUGGCCCCCGGAAGCGAGUGCUUUGGCGGUGGAGCCGACUUCAAAGGAUAUGUUCGAAUGGGGUAUGUUCCAGAAACCCAAGUUUUGGCAGACGGCCUUCAAGCACUCAGAGUCUUUUUGCAAGAUGGAUUUGAACAAGUGCCUGUUGUUCAUUAG